AUGGCGCCAGUUGAUAUGCAUGCCAACGAAAAUAAGCAUGUCGUCAAGAAAGUGGGGAAUGGUCCAACCGCCAAAGCGGCGAGUAACAAAGACGAAGUCCGAAUAUCGUCGGCAGAGGUGAUCAGGCUAGAGCAUGAAUACGGCGCUCACAACUAUCACCCACUGCCAGUGGUGUUUGAUCGAGCGCUUGGUGCAAAAGUAUGGGACCCAGAGGGCAAGGAAUACAUCGACAUGCUUUCGGCUUAUUCGGCCGUUAACCAGGGCCACUGUCAUCCGGCCAUAGUACAGACUCUCGUUGAGCAAGCACAAAAGCUCACCCUAUCCUCGCGUGCCUUCUACAACAGCGUCUUUGGUCGCUUUGCUCAAACAGUUACGGAUAUGUUUGGGCAGGUCUCCCCUAUUUCUAUGCUUCUCUAUGACAUGGUCCUCCCGAUGAACACAGGUGCUGAGGCUGUCGAAACAGCAAUCAAGCUUGCAAGAAAAUGGGCAUACGCUGUCAAAGGCAUUCCUGCGGAUCGCGCCAUAGUUUUGAGCGUUGACGGAAACUUCCAUGGUCGCACUGUCGGUGUGAUUAGCAUGUCUACUGACCCCUCGUCAAGAAUCGGAUUCGGGCCCUUCCUUCCCCUCGUUGGUCCGACGUUUACUGACGCAUCUGGAAAUGAGCGCAUCAUUCGUUACGACAACAUCCAGGACUUGGAGGAUGCACUUGAAUUGCAUGGCAAGAAUGUCGCCGCCUUUCUAGUAGAACCGAUUCAGGGUGAAGCUGGUAUCGUUGUUCCAUCUUCAACUUAUCUUCCUGCCAUACGCGCGUUAUGCACCAAGCAUAACGUCCUUUUAAUAUGCGAUGAGAUUCAAACAGGUCUGGGCAGGACGGGCAAGAUGUUGGCUUGCGAGGAAGACUUGAAUUUCUCCCUUGUGAAUAAAAAGACUGCAGGAGAUUCACGGCCAGACAUUGUCUUACUUGGCAAGGCUUUGAGCGGUGGACUUUAUCCUGUCUCAGCUGUUUUGGCCAACAAAGACGUGAUGCUCACAAUCCAGCCAGGAGAGCACGGAAGCACCUAUGGCGGAAAUCCCCUUGGUUGUGCGGUUGCAAUGACUGCUCUUCGUGUUCUUAACGAGGAAUCUUUGGCCCAGCGAGCCGCCAAACUAGGCAACCUCUUCCGAGACGGUGUCAAGGCACUCAAUUCACCUUUGGUGUCGACCGUCCGCGGUCGCGGUCUGCUGAAUGCUGUUGUUAUUGAUGAAACUAAGAGCACCAAGGGCCGUACUGCUUGGCAGCUAUGUUUGCUGUUAAAGAGUCGUGGUGUGCUGGCUAAGCCAACACAUAUCAACAUCAUCCGAUUUGCCCCUCCGUUAGUCAUCGAGGCGGAGGAUUUGUCGAGAGCAGUCAAGAUCUUGGGAGAAUGUCUCAUUGAUUUGGACAAGUUGGAUGAUAUUCCGGGCGAGGUUGAGAGUGAGGUUGGCCAUACCGAUAAUGUCACCAAUUGA